UGUGCAACUGUGUUUGACAGUGACCUAGCAUUACCUUACUAUUGAGUAAUCAACUGCAGCGCACGUGGUAAUAUUUCGGAUGUUAUAAUUUUGUGAAGACGUGCAAUUUAUCAGUAUUUUGUUGUUAAAUGGCGUAAAUUUACUAAUUGUUCAUAUUCCUACUACGGAAUCUCUUGCUAAGUGUUGUUUUCUGGAGCAAUUGAUACUUUAGCGUAUUGCAUAUAACCUAAAACCAUGGUUCGCUUUAAAAACAGACACAUAAUAUUUGAAAUAACUGUUGGUGAUAAAUCUAACAAGCCUCUACAAUUAAAAACUACGAUUUUGCAUAAUGCUAUUCAACAAAAAGUACAACAGUUGUACGGUGAUUUUGGAGUUGCAGCGAUAAAAGCUGGUUUUAGUGCAAAGUAUUGCAAUAUACAUACAAAAAUUGCAUUAGUGAAAACUAGACAUGGCCCGCACAAAUUUUUACUGAAGGCUAUCCCAAUCAUAAAUGACAUAGCAGGACGUUUAGUAUCAGUAAAAAUACUUUACGUGGGUGCAACAUUGAAACAUUGUUUCCUCUUUAUCAAAAGAUAUCAACAACAAAAGCUGGAAAAAGUAUGGAAUACUCUUAAAACCGAAACAGAACGGAAAAAUAUGGAGAACGCUUUAAUGACGCUAACUCCAGCCAUGAAAGACUGUACAUGAAAUAAACUUUCGCAAAAUAAAAGUAUUUAUAUUUAUAAAUAGGUGUACAAAUUGAACAUGGAAUAAUCUCUUGAA